AUGGAAAGGCUGGUAUUUUUGAUGAGCUUUUGUUCACUGUUAUCCAAUACACAGCAAGCACCAUCAUUUCUUGUUACUGCCCCAAAUGUGGUACAUUUGGGCACACAUGAGACAGUAACAGUUCAAGUUCAUGGAGCACAGAGCCCUGUCCAAGUUACAGCAUACUUCAGAGAUGAGAGAAAAAAUGAGCUCCUGUCAGAGAGGGUUGUCUUCAACCUUAACCAAAAGAACAACUACCAAGAGAUCAAAAAAAUAAUGGUCAACCAGGGAACUGUGCAUAAGGAUAUGUCCAAGAAGAGAAAGCUGGCAUAUGUUUUACUGGUCACCGAAAGCAGGGAGCUUUUCAAGGAGCCUGUUCAAAAUACUCGCAUCCUCCUAUCUUCCAAGAAAGGCUACAUUUUUAUUCAGACAGAUAAACCUAUAUACACACCAAAUUCCAAAGUAAAAUACAGGAUCUUCAUUCUGGACAAUGCUAUGAGGCCGACAAAUGAUCCAAUUCAAGUUGCUGUGCUAAACUCAAAAGGAAUAGUGGUUAAAAAGUUAAACCGGAAAGUCCAAACAGUGCUCAGUGAACAUUUCGAAAUACCUGACAUUGCCGAACCUGGAACCUGGAAAAUCAUGGCCUGGUUUCACGGAUAUGAAAUGUCAAAUGUUUCAGCUGAAUUUGAAGUUAAAAAUUAUGAGCUUCCAUCUUUUGAAGUCAAACUCCUCCCGCUCCAGCCGUACUAUCACAUCUGGAACCAAAGCUUUACAUUUAAUAUUGAGGCAAAACACUCUUAUGGAAAAGGGAUUGAAGGUGUUGCAUAUGUGCGAUUUGGCAUAGUGGAUGAAACUGAGAAAAAAGUCUUUCUUCCAGGCCUGGAACAACAGCUAUCGAUCCAAAAUGGAAAAGGAAGAGUCACUUUAAAUACACCAUUUCUGGAAGAGAAAUUAAAAAAGAGGAUUUCUACUUUGGAAGGGUUUUGUUUGUAUGUUGCUGUUACCACUGUAGAAACCGCAAGUGGUGAGAUGAGGGAGGAAGAACUCAGUAAUGUGAAGUUUGUGAAAUCUCCUUAUGUUGUUGAUCUGUCUAACACCAAAAAACAUUUUGUGCCUGGAGCCCCCUUCUCUGUUGUGGCUUCUGUCAGUCUGAUUGAUGGGUCUCCUGCUGCCUCUGUGCCUGUCACUGCUACUGUUACCUUACCUGGAACCCCCCCAGUGAAAAAGACUGCACUUUCUAAUAAAGAAGGUCUGGUCCCCUUCACAUUCAACAUCCCUGGAGACGCACAGAUGCUUCAAAUAAUGGUGAAGGCUGAAGAGGGAAAAGAAAAAUUAGAAUCACCAGAAACCAGUAUCAGAGCUGAAAGUUACAAGUCUGAUACCCGCGACUACCUCAGCAUCAGUGUCCCACAUACAGUCUUGGCACCUGGAGAUACCUUGCACGUUACCUUGCAUGAUAUUCAUCAGUCUGGCAGUGGAAGGAUUGACUAUUUCUAUUAUAUGGUUGUGGCAAAGGGGCAAGCUGAGCUUUUGGGAAGGGUUCCCUACUCAAACAAAAUAAUAAACCUUGAAAUCACAGAAAAGAUGGUGCCUGCCUUUCGCUUUUUAGCUUACUACUUUGUUGAGAACAACGGUCAUAAGGAGAUUGUUGCUGAUUCCGUAUGGAUAGAUGUUGAGGAUGUCUGCGAAGGAAAGAUUAAAGUGAGAACAGAAAAUGAGAAAUACGAACCAACAGGAAACGUCAAUUUACUAAUCGAAACGGACCAUGCAGGAAUGCUUGCCUUAGCUGUGGUUGAUAGAGCAGUUUUUAUUCUCAACAAGCGAAAUAAGCUUACAUCCAAAAAAGUCUUUAGUGCUAUGAAUUCUUAUGAUCUCGGAUGUUCUGCAGGUGGUGGUGCAAAUAGUGUUCAAGUUUUUAAUGAUGCUGGUCUGGCCAUUUUAUCAGACAUAAUUAAAUCCAAUAUUCGGGAAGGCUAUAAAUGCCCCCAGGACACCAGAAGGCAGAAGAGAUCAUUGGAUUUCCAGAAGAUAAUGUUAGGAAUUGCUAGCAAAUUUGAAAACCCUGCUCUACGAAAAUGCUGUCAUGAUGGAAUGAGAUUAAAUCCCAUGAGGUUUUCUUGUGAGAAAAGGCUAACAAAGGUUGCUGGUUCCACUGAAUGCAAAAAAGCUUUCAAAGUCUGCUGCGAGAAGGCCACGGCCCUCAGGAAGGAGGUGGCAAAGCGAAGAAGCGGAGUGGGACUGGCCCGGCAUUAUGAUCUUCAUGAAGAUGAAGUGUUUGAUGAAGCUUCCAUCAACUUGCGCAGUUAUUUUCCAGAGAGCUGGUGGUGGAAUAUAAUAGAAUUGAAAAAUCCUGGAAAGCAUAGUGUAAAAAGCAUUGUUCCUGACUCUAUAACUACCUGGGAAAUUCAGGCAAUAAGUAUAUCUCCUCAAAAAGGAUUUUGCAUAGCUGACCCUCACACCUUUGAGGUUUUCAAAGACUUUUUUAUAUCCAUGAGGUUACCGUACUCGGUUAAACGACAUGAACAACUAGAAAUAAAAGCAGUGGUUUACAACUAUCUGCCCAAAGACCUCCAGGUUACAGUGAAGAUGGUUGCAGAGAAGGGACUGUGCACCGCAGAGACAGCAGAGAAGACUGUGCAGCUGCAGCUGACAGUGGAGGGGAACUCGGCGACACCAGCCUAUUUCUCAGUUGUUCCGCUGACUGUAGGAGAAAUUCCAAUUACUAUUACUGCUUUUGACCCAGUUUCUGGGCACAGUGAUAGUAUUAGGAAGAACCUUAAUGUUGUGGCCGAAGGUGUUUUACGGCGAGAAGAGCAGACCAUUUGCCUUAAUAGUGACUUUAAGUCCCAUACAUUGGACCUGAACAGACCGCCUGAUAUGGUACCGGGUUCUGACAGUCAUGUGUUUGUUAGUAUGAAAGGGAAUAUUAUGGGUGAGUCCACUGAAAAUUGUCUUACUGCUGCUGGAAUUGACAAGCUUAUCCGAGUGCCAACAGGCUGUGCAGAGCAGACGAUGGUGAAAAUGGCUCCUGCAGUCUAUGCUAUUGAGUACUUAGAUGCAAGUGAGCAGUGGGUGAACCUUAAUCCUGAACGGAAGAAUGAAGCCAUUAGGAUGAUUGGACAAGGCUAUACCAGACUGCUUGAGUUUCAAAAGGAGGAUGGUUCCUAUGGAGCAUUUAGAACAACCCCUAGUAGUGUAUGGUUAACUGCAUUCAUUGUUAAAGUACUCACGAGGUGCAGAGAAUACAUUAGUGUGCAAGAUAGUCACAUAAGCAGUUCCAUUUCCUAUUUGCUUAAUCAACAGCAGGCAGAUGAUUCAUUCCACGACCAUCACCCAGUAUUGGACAGGACUAUGCAGGGUGGCAUUAAGUCAGCAGAAGAGGAUUUGGCUUUGACAGCCUUUGUAAUCAUUGCACUGCAGCAGUCUCUACCAGUUUACAAUGAGUCAUCUGCUGCGAUAGACGUGAUUCAAAAAGCUGUGGCUUACAUGAAAAACUAUCUUUCAAGAAACCUGAAUUUCUAUUCUACAGCCAUCACUGCUUAUGCUCUGACACUUGUUCAGUCUGAUAGUGAGGAAGCCCAAUGGGCAACAGAAAAAUUAAGAGGCUGUUCUUCUUUUGAUGAAGCAAAGCAGCAUCGCUAUUGGGGAAAUGGCAGAGACGCAAUCUCAGUGGAAGCCACUGCCUACGCACUGUUGCAAACAUUGCUCCUGAGGGACAUGGCGUAUGCAAGGCCCAUCGCUACAUGGCUGACAGAAAGAAGGAACUACGGUGGAGGAUACUGCUCUACACAGGACACAGUAGUGGCCCUGGAAGCUCUGUCAGCAUAUAGCAUACAAGCACUGGGAACUACUUCAACCAACCUGAGUGUAAGAGUAGAAACACCUGGAAAGCAAAACAGUUUUCUUUUAACUUUGACUGAUAGUGAAGAAGAGAUUCAGAAGAAGUUAGAGUUUGAUCUUGGGAGCAAACUUCAAGUGUCCAUACAAGGCAGAGGAAACGGGACUAUGAGUAUAUUAAAAGUGUACCAGUCUUCUGAGCUGAAGGAAAACACAUGUAAUGAUCUGAUUUUGACAGUGGAAAUGGAAGGAAGCAUUAAGUACACUGAUGCUGCAUACUCUGAGGAUUACUAUGAUUAUGAGGAGUCCUUUGCUAUAGAAGCCAGCCUGCACGAGCCACUGUCUGAAAUAGAGUGGUUUGAUAUCCACAGCAGAAGGAAAAGAGAUGUAAUCUCUCCCAGUAAAGCAGAAUCACUACGCUACAAAGUCUGUGUUCGGUCUACAGGUGCCAAUGUGCCAAAGAUGUCUCUCGUUGAUCUCUCUCUAUUAAGUGGCUUGGAGCCUGACACAAAGGAACUUGAACAGUUGGUAAUGUCUUCAGACAAAUACAUUCAGCACUUUGAGUACAAGGAAGGAAAGGUUUUGCUUUACUUUGGUGAGCUCACAAGCGGACCAGAACCAGACUGUAUAUCAUUUGGGGCAAAGCAAAUCAAUCCCAUGGGCCUUGUUCAGCCAGCAAAUGCCAUCCUAUAUGAUUUUUACAAUCCUGAAAUAAAGUGCAGUGUAUUCUAUAGUGCACCCCAGCACAGUGCAAUGCUUUCAAAGGUGUGCCAUGCAGAUGUUUGCCAGUGCGCAGAAGGGCCCUGCCCAAAACAAAAAUCAACUUUCAGUAGAGCUGUAACAGAAAACACACGCUUCAAUUUUGUGUGCUACAACCCAAUCGCAGAUUAUGUGUAUGAAGUCGAGCUCCUCAAUAGCACACAGAAGAAUGUGUUUGAUUACUAUGAGGCCAAAAUCCAGAGAAUUCUUAAAGCCACUGCUGAUGAGAGCGUCUCCGUGGGUGCCCACCGACAGUUCAUAAAGCGCUCCAGUUGCAACUUAAACAUGGAAACUGGCAAACGAUACCUCCUCAUGGGAAAGGACGGACAAACAGUUGACUACAACAACAGGUUGCAGUACUUCCUUGAUUCACAAGCCUGGGUGGAGAAAAUUCCAGACGACAAAAUGUGCCAAGCCACCCUUCAGCGGCAAGCCUGUGCCCAGCUGCAGGACUUCAUGAACACGCAUGACUCCCUGUGCCACUUUUGA